AAAUCCGCCGUCACCUUGAUCUUGGACUUCCCAGCCCCUAGAACUAUGAGACAUAAAGGUCUGAUGUUUAAGCCUCUCUGUCUAUGGCAUUUUGUUACAGCACCCCUAGCUGACUGAGACACUGUGGAAAGUAUGAAAACAUGGUCCUAUUAAGGUGGCUGAAGGAGUGGUGUGUUUAGCCAGGAAAAAAGAAGAUAAAAGGACAGGUUGAUGAUAUUUCUUGAUAAUGUCUUGGAAUAUUUGAAAAUUACAUGAUAAUGAUAUGUCUUGAAUCAUGUAUUGCAAUAUUUGAAAACUACAUGAAAGUGUAAUUGUCUGCAUGAUUGAUGUAGAAGAAAAAAAUAAGAUCAUUGGGUAAAGAAACAAAGGGAUGCAUUUUUGAAAUUUUAUUUAUUUAAACUGUAAACCAGGAAUGCAGUGUAUCACAAGGGGGUGGACUCUUUGUCCCUGGGAGAAUACAGUACAAGCUGGGUGGCCAUGUCUCUGGAAUUUCUGCACCAAAUGGGGUGUGGGGCUAGCUGAUCUCUCCUUUCUUCCAAGAUUCUAAGUUGGACCACAGGUGUUCUAAUUGUCCUUAUACUUAGAGAACAUUUUACUCCAUUCUCUUCCACCAAGCAGCAGCCGAUACAGUUGAACCCUUACAACUUAAUUUAAGAUAUUAAUAACCUUUGGACAUCAUGUCAGGGAAGUGCUGAAAAUGCAGAAGAGAAAAUGUCAAGAUCGUCAUGAUAAUUCAGUUGCCAACAGAUAUCAAGAUCAUCAUGCUGAAAUAUGAAUGAGGGAAUCAAUGAUGAUUUGACAUGAGUUAAUGAAACAGCACUUACCAACUUCUGACAUGUUACCAGGAGAUUUCUGUAUCCACACUAGAACAUGGUACUUUAUUUGGCCAAGUGCAGUUUAUAAUGGACUCGUUCACUUGUUCACUCACUUUGGUCAUUCAGCCGUUCAAUUGUAUGUAUGAUAUUUACGAGGUGUUUGCUAUGUGCAAGACACAAAAAUGCCUUCCUGUUCACAAGAGGCCACUGCUCAUGCAGUGAGCAGUCAAGGGCACAUAGACUGUGCUGUCAGAAAUGCUGUGGUCGAGAUUUUCACCAGCCUCUGACUUUCUGGGUUGGACAGUGUCCAGAAAGGAUUUACACGGCUCUGUUGAGUCGCAAGGAAGACUGGCAGUGGCCCUGUAGGGCAGCAGCUCUUUAGAAGAAUCAGAAGAAGACUGGGGUACCUUAAACAAAGGAUGCAGCGGAGGAUGAGGCCGGGCAAGGACUCCACUAAUAAGCAGCUUUGCAUAUUACAUGAAAACUUUGGGAUUAUUUUCCGUAGGUGGCAGGAAGGCAGUAAUGAAUUUCAAGCGAGCAGUGUUCAGAUCUGCAUGUUGGAAACCUCACUCUGAAGAUGGUGCUAGGAGUUGCCUGCAGUAACUCAAACAAGUGGUGGCUGGAGCGUGCAUCUGGAUGGUGGCAGAAGAGAUGGAGAGGCUUAUCAAAAUCCCUUGGGCUCAUCGAAGGUUAUGGUGGGCGGGGCAAAGGGGGCCUUCCGGCUACUCUUUCCCCCGCUGAGGAAGAGAAGGCCAAGGGGCCCCAUGAGAAAUAUGGCUACAAUUCCUACCUUAGUGAAAAAAUUUCACUGGACCGUUCCAUUCCGGAUUAUCGUCCCACCAAGUGUAAGGAGCUCAAGUACUCCAAGGACCUGCCCCAGAUAUCCAUCAUCUUCAUCUUCGUGAACGAGGCCCUGUCUGUGAUUCUGCGGUCGGUGCACAGUGCCGUCAAUCACACGCCCACACACCUGCUGAAGGAAAUCAUUCUGGUGGAUGACAACAGUGAUGAAGAGGAGCUGAAGGUUCCCCUGGAGGAGUAUGUCCACAAACGCUACCCCGGGCUGGUGAAGGUGGUGAGAAAUCGGAAGAGGGAAGGCCUGAUCCGCGCUCGCAUUGAGGGCUGGAAGGUGGCCACCGGGCAGGUCACUGGCUUCUUUGAUGCCCAUGUGGAAUUCACUGCUGGCUGGGCUGAGCCAGUUCUGUCCCGCAUCCAGGAAAACCGGAAGCGUGUGAUCCUCCCCUCUAUUGACAACAUCAAACAGGACAACUUUGAGGUGCAGCGGUACGAGAACUCAGCCCAUGGGUACAGCUGGGAGCUGUGGUGCAUGUACAUCAGCCCACCAAAAGACUGGUGGGACGCCGGAGACCCUUCUCUCCCCAUCAGGACCCCAGCCAUGAUAGGCUGCUCCUUCGUGGUCAACAGGAAGUUCUUUGGUGAAAUUGGUCUUCUGGAUCCCGGCAUGGACGUGUAUGGAGGGGAAAACAUCGAACUUGGAAUCAAGGUAUGGCUCUGUGGGGGCAGCAUGGAGGUCCUUCCUUGUUCACGGGUGGCCCACAUCGAGAGGAAGAAGAAACCAUAUAACAGCAACAUCGGCUUCUACACCAAGAGGAACGCUCUGCGUGUUGCUGAGGUCUGGAUGGACGAUUACAAGUCUCAUGUGUACAUAGCGUGGAACCUGCCGCUGGAGAAUCCGGGAAUUGACAUCGGUGAUGUCUCCGAAAGAAGAGCACUAAGGAAAAGUUUAAAGUGUAAGAAUUUCCAGUGGUACCUGGACCACGUUUACCCAGAAAUGAGAAGAUACAAUAAUACAAUUGCUUACGGGGAGGUAAUUUGGACCUUGCAUGCUUUUGGCUUGGAAUACUGUUCAAUAUGCUGUGGGUUGCUUUGCUGGGGAGAAAUAGAGUUGCUCAUUCACUCAUUCAAGGAGUGUUUUUUGGAGGGGCCAUCCCUGACAGCAGGAUUCUCUCUAGCUGGAGGGUUGGGGUAGGGAACAAAUGUGAUGAAUGUUAGAAU